GAUGUCAGUUGUCCAAAUGCAGAGCCAAUCAACAAUCAGCUGGACAGCCCAGUCAUUGUAGAUAGCAUAUAUAAAGCCCACUGAGUAGAUAAUCUCACGGACAGACAUACGUUUCGAAAAGCUACAGCGAAACUGUCCGUUUUGGAAACCCACUACUUCCCCUGCUCAGAAGCAAUGGAUCUUCAGGAAUGGGCCAGCAUUCUCCAGAACACGAUUGAGGAGCAUGACAUAGAGGACACCUGGAGCAUUGAAUUUGAUAGCACCAUCAUUCCUGAUCACCCAGCGAGAGGUUGGCAGCAGUACAUCAGUGGGGCAUUUGCAAGGUUCAUGUGCUCAAAGUGUAAGAGGACCUGGCCUUCGAAAAGAGUUCUGGUGGUGUUUCACAUGCGUCUGUUGGAGGACAAGGGGAUGGUUAAAGUGAAACGCUACAGACAGGAGUGCAAGAAGUGUGUACAGAGUACAAUGGAGGAGCCUCGUUUUAAGACAGAGAACAUUGAGGUGCUGCUGGAGAAGCUUGUUGUGAAGAUCCUCGUCAAGUGCUACUAUCAGGACGCAGGCGAAAAUAAUAACCCAUUCCAUUUGGAAGGGAGGAGUGAUGGACCCCAUGAGGCUGCCCAUUGUGAAGCCUGUAAACAUGGCAUCUGCAGACAGGUGACCACAAAAGAAACAGAAUUGAAAAUAUAGAAACAUCUGGGAAAUGUUUAAUUCCUAAAUGUAUUGUAUAAUCAAUGAACAAUUUUGAGGAGAGUUGGAUGUGGAACUAGAUAUAAUACUGUGAAGAUAAUUUUAUUAUGGGGGGGAGGGAAGAAGGCAUUAACUGAAUUGUCCACCAUUUAAUCCAGACAAAAUGUACUUGUUUUUUAUACAAAAGUUAAUAGUUGAUUGAGAAAGUAGUUUUCGAUAUGCAUCCUUUGCAAUAAUCUCUUACACUUUAAAAGAGUUUGAAGGAAUUACUUCUCAACAGGUGUACAAAUCAUAUCCCAUAUGUCAGGUGAGGACCUUUAUGGUACAGAAACGACUGGCUACAAUGCAAAUACAUACAAAGCAACAUUGCUUUAGAAGCCCAUUUGCAUCGAUUACAAAUAUUUGUGGGACUUUACACAGAUCUUAGUGUGCAAAACGUUACUACAUUUUUAUAAUGUUCAGUGUGUGUGUGUGUGUACUUUGCAUAUGGCAUCAGCAGUGAGUAAAACGCCCUUUUAUGAUUUAUAACUUUGAGUCAAAUGUCCUGACCUGCUAUAAAACUGCUUUAAAAAUCUAA